AUGAAAAAAAGUGAAAAUAAGCAGUUUUCCAGCGCGGGUGUACGAUAACGAUGUUCUUGUCUUUUUCAAAAGAGAAAAACAGUUGAACCAACCUUUCCCUGGACCGAUCUAAUCUAAUAAUAAUGCAAAAAGAAUUACGAGUACCUGAGACAGUGUAAUGCUACAUCACGCGCGGAGUAAAUUUCAAUGUUGUUCCGCAGUGGGAGAUGUCGAUUUCUGGGCAUUCUGGCCGUCCUGAUUGUACUGGCAUUCCUGAUUGUGCACCAUCACGAACCGGAGCCUCCCAGAUAUGUUGACAAGGACCGUUCCCGUGUCUUGGUUAAACGGACCAAUACAUCAAGUCAAAAGAAAUCAUCAAAAGCAAAUGCUCUGACGAUGCGCACAAUUUUAUUAUGGGACAAAUUUCCUGACUUUUCGCUGACAACCGGAAAUGACAUGUUCCAGCGCUUCAAAUGCACAUAUCCCAACUGCCGCAUGACCUUUGACCGGAAGUUCCUGUCGACAGCCAACGCGGUAUUGUUCUCACUGCGGGAAACCACCCGUUUGGAGCACCUUCCGAAAUCGCGCUCAGCCGACCAGAAAUGGGUGUUUUGCCUAAAGGAAUCACCGGUAUACUCCUACUUUGACGAGCAGUUACUGGACGGUGUGUUCGACUGGACCAUGACGUAUCGGCUGGAUUCCGAUAUUCUGUUUCCUUAUGGAUUUUCCACAAAACGAUCCAAGCCGCAAACAAAAUUGCCUGAUUAUUUCGAGAAAAAAAUCAAUCACACUAUGCAAUAUGCUUUCGAGUUGGCCGCCUACCGGAAGUUGGCGCCCAUCGCGUGGAUUGUCAGCCGGUGCCAGUCGCAUUCCCACCGGGAAACUUACGUCGACCAGCUGACCUCCCACAUCGAUGUGGACAUAUACGGCCGGUGCGGGCAGCUGGACUGCGGCAAAGACAACAACUCCACAACAUCCUGCGACAACAUCCUGAAAUCAUACCAUUUUUAUUUAGCCCUGGAGAAUUCCCUGUGUCCGGAUUAUGUAACGGAAAAGCUGUUCAAGAUCCUGGCGGUUCACGAUUAUCCGGUGAUUCCCGUCGUGAUGGGCGGGGCCAACUAUUCGGCCCUGGCGCCGCCGGGUUCCUUUGUCAAUGCUCUGGAUUUUGAUAGUCCGGCGGAUUUGGCGCAGUAUCUGCAGCGGAUCUUAGCCGAUCGGCUGCUGUAUAAUUCAUUCCAUGAAUGGCGGAAAGUCUACACUGUGGUGCCGUGGGGAACACCGUUGGCGUUUUGUAAAUUAUGUGAAAAAUUACAUACCAAUGUUGGGAAAGGGAAGCGCAGGGAUUUGCGGACGUUCUGGGAUAAGCAGGGUUGCAAUCAGAAUUUCAGUACUAGUGCUGUUAUUUUGUAAUUUCUCGCUCAUGACCUUGUGGUAUUAUGAAACUGCUUCCUGCCAAGACAGUUUUUAACAUUUUGUUUUGUUUUCGUUAUUCGUGGUGUCGCUUAUGAUGUUUUAUUUGCUUUUUCGCUGUUAUUUGGCUUUAUGUGAUUUUUUACGAGAGUUCCUCAGUUUCAGUUCCUGGCAAAAUUCUGCGUUUAUUUUAUCAAUGAUAUUUUACAGUACAUGUACGGUAAAUCAUAAAAAAAUAAAGAACUAUACACAUCA